AUGUCCGAGAAGCACAAUCCAGAGGCUGUCGAUCAAAAUAAUGAAAAUGAGAAUAAGGAAUCAACGCACUUCCAUGGCGCCCCGGUGGACAACAAUUGGUUCAAUGCCCAAAUGCCUCCUCCACCGCCAUAUCCAGAAGCGACUUCUGGGGUCUAUCCAUCAGUGCCCACACCCAAUCAAGGAGCCUAUCCAACACAGCCAAACCCAGGAUACCCACAGCAAGGCUACAGCGCAUACCCGCCAAAUCCUCAACCAAAUGCGCCAAUGGGUGUUUAUCCACCUUAUCCCUAUCCAGCUGUUGUUAAUGGUGUGGAUCCAUCAGCCACCGUAAUCACUGUUCAGCCAACAACCGUCGUGCUCAAUCAUCACCUUGGCCCAUAUCCAUGCUCGAUCACAUGCCCUAAUUGUCAUCAGACUGCUGUUACUGAAGUCAUCUACCAAGCUGGACUCUUUGCUUGGCUCAUUUGCGGAAUCAUGUUCAUCUUUGGUUUUUGGUGCUGUUGUUGCAUUCCUUUCUGUGUCGAUUCGUGUCAAGACGCCGAACAUCGUUGCCGCAAUUGUCGUCAUUACAUUGGCACCUACAAACGCAUG